UGUAGCCUUUGGAACAUCCCUGAUAAGGCCCCAGAAGCAAUGGUUGUUGAGGAGGUCACUACAACAGAGUCUCCACUUCUGCUCGCUAUGAGAAAAAUGGUGUUUACUUCAGACAAUAUUCCACCAGUUGAGAUAAGCCUGGAAUUAGUGACAUUUAUUGAAAAGGAGACUUGCGACCAAAGAAAAAACCAAAUGUGGAAAGACCUUCACAUAGGACGUAUCACAAGCAGUAUGUUUGGGGAUAUUCUCAGAUGUCAUUCCUCACAAGAGCAUCUGGUGAAACAGAUUUUAGAAGGAUCUAGCUUGGAUAGGUAUCCUCAAUUACCAAAGGCCAUGCAGUGGGGUGUCGACAUGGAGGACCGGGCAAGGCAGGAAUAUGUUACUUUCCAGAAAGCCUUAAAGGGAGAUAUAACAGUGUUACCCACAGGGCUCACGCUUUACCCACAUAUGUCUUUUCUUGGUGCAUCUGGUGAUGGAAUGGUUUUAGACGGUACAGAAACCGGGGUACUAGAAAUAAAGUGUCCUUUUUCAUGUGGUGGAGUUCCAGUCAAUACUAUGGAGAUAGAGGACAUUUUAAACCUAAAUUCGGCUAAUUUCUGUUUAGAAUGGGGACCAACGGGACCACAAUUGAAGAGAAAUCAGAAGUACUAUGCUCAAGUGCAAGGAGAGAUGGCAAUUAUGGGUCUACCAUGGUGUGAUUUUGUUGUAUGGACAAAUGCUAGCAAAAAUAACAUUUUUAUCGAGAGAAUUUGUUUUGAUGAAGUUUUUUGUAAUAGUAUGUUGCCAAAACUACUUGAUUUUUAUAUGACAUGUAUUUAUUCCAAAAUUUGUGAAUGA